GAGACUUCAACAUCCAACUACAACUUCACACAGAAAGAGACACCAGGAAGGCCCAGUCAAUAUUUUGACUGUCAAGAGGAACCUUAUAUUGAGAGCGACAAGUGGAAAUGAUUUUACUGGACUAAGCCAGAGUAAGGGACACCUCCAGCCGGCUCACCUGUGUCUGAAUUAGAGGAAGUAAGAGAGCGGGCCAAUGAGGGAAGAGCUCUGAGGCUCCUGUCAAGACCGAAACAUACCCAUUUCUUCCUGGAUCAAUUAUUCAUAUGAAUGAGAUUUCCUGUGUGUCAGGCUGGAACAAGGCGGGCUGCCGAGGCUCAGCUCUAAACUGUGGCACAGUGCUCCGUCAGACAGGAGCUGAAGGAGCAGAAAACAGGGUGACAAAAGAGAUACAAGACCCAGAGAGACCAAGGGUCACAACAGCAGAGGAGAUACAUUUGAGGCGAGUUUUUGUUGGGCGUUUGUGGAAAAUGAAGGCUCUACAGAAGAACCAGGGACGCACUGACCAGAUGUUGGGAGCCAUGGCUGACGUGCUUACUUCCGUGGCCAUGCCCAAUCAGCAGUGGCUCUCAGAGGGGGGUGAGGUGGACCUCCCAUCAAGCGAGGAGGAGAAGGGGCCAGUGCAGGGCCAGUGGGAGCCAGAGGGGCUGGAGUGGGAGCAGCAGCCCACUACAACAGAAACCCCAGAGCGGAGAGAAAGAACAGAUUCAUACUCGGCAGCAGGCAGUGAGGGCAGCAUCUCCACCUCUGUGGCGUCCCUGCCCCCCCAGGCAUCGGGCAGCUCGGCCCCCAGCUCCCCAGGCUCCAGACGCUCUGUCAGCACGCUGAAGAAGUGGCUCACAAACCCUGUUCGCAAACUCAGCAUUGGGGCCACGGCCAAAGGGGAGCGCCAGGUCCGCAAACUUGAGGGAAAACCUCCACCUCCUCCGUCUCAAAGCCACAGCCUGGAUCUGGGCAGCCCCCCGAGGCAUGAUGACACGUUCACCAUCCUUCCCAUUACCCACAGAGAACUGGAGUGGAAAGAUGGCCUGGCCAGCCCUGAGGACCUGUCACCGGCUACACUACAGUCCCCCAGCUACAUCACUGACUCCAUGAUUGGCUGCACGUCACUGCCAAACACCCAGGACACUGAGUCCACCAGUGUGUUGCCAGAUGACAGCGGCUCGGUCUUGAUGGACGACACCUCCAGCCAAUGGUCAACCGCGGCUGACACUGAGGAGGAGAGGAGGAGUGCCUUUGAGAAAAGCACGUAUGUACUGCAAGAGCUUAUUGAGACAGAGAAGCACUAUGUGGUGGACCUGGGACUCAUAGUGGAGGGCUACAUGGGAACAAUGCAAUCCAAAGGUAUUCCGGAGGACAUGAAGGGAAAAGACAAAAUUGUUUUUGGGAACAUUCACCAAAUAUUUGACUGGCAUAAAGACUACUUCCUGGGAGAGCUGGAGAAGUGUAUAGCGGAGCCAGAGAGGCUGGCCCAGCUCUUCAUUAAACACGAGAGGCGUCUGCAUAUGUACGUAGUAUACUGUCAGAACAAGCCCAAGUCCGAACAUAUUGUCUCAGAGUACAUCGAGACUUACUUUGAGGAGUUGCGACAGCAGCUGGGCCACAGGCUGCAGCUCAACGACCUGCUCAUCAAACCUGUCCAAAGGAUCAUGAAGUACCAGCUGCUGCUCAAGGACUUCCUGAAGUAUUACACCAAAGCCGGGAUGGACACGGAGGAGUUGGAGAAAGCAGUGGAAGUGAUGUGCUUCGUGCCAAAACGCUGCAACGACAUGAUGAAUGUGGGCAGACUACAAGGCUUCGAGGGUAAGAUCACAGCCCAGGGGAAACUGCUACAGCAGGACACCUUCACUGUGACCGAGCAGGACAGUGGCUUCUUGUCCCGAGCCAAAGAAAGACGGAUCUUCCUGUUUGAGCAGCUGGCCAUCUUCAGUGAGCCAAUCGACAGGAAGAAAGGGUUUUCCCUCCCUGGGUACAUCUUUAAGAAUAGCAUCAAGGUGAGCUGCCUCGGGGUGGAGCCCAGCGUGGAGGGAGAUGACGGCCGCCUCGUGCUGACAUCACGCAACCCUGACGGCAGCGUGGUGCGCUUCCAGCUGCUGGCCUCUUCCCCUGAGAUCUGCAGGGCCUGGGUCAACGAUGUGGUUCAGAUCUUGGACAGCCAGCGCAACUUCCUCAAUGCCUUACAGUCACCCAUUGAGUACCAGCGACGAGAGAGCAAGUCUAAUAGCCUGGGCCGCAGCAUGAGGCCCCUGCUGUCUGCUGCCAGCGCCCUGCGGCCCCAUUCCUCCGCCUCCAUUGACCGCCAUAAGCUGCCAUCCCUUCACUCUCACAACACCUCCCUGCCCACACUCUACCUGCCCAGCCAAGGCCAGAACCAAGGACCCAUCGAGACCUACGCACUGCGGGAACCCACCCUGGUCCAGCCGUGCCCUGCUGACUCCACCACUGUUUCUCUGUCACAUGUCCAACUGGGCUUCACUGAUCAGCCAAACUGUCAAGCUGUGUCAAAUGGGAUGUACACACCCACCACACAAAGUGCACAGCAGAGAGCAGGAGAGGGCUGCCGGAGGGGGCCGCCUGCUGAUGCUGGGAGCCAGGCUCCACUGUCGGGCCCCUCAGCCGGACGUCGCCCCAGCAACCUGGCUCAGCUUGCCGAGGACGACCUAUGAACUCUGAGGCUCUCUGUCUCCUGGGGCAGGAGGACAGCAGCUAACGCCACAACUGAGGAGACACGAAUACUUCUCCACUGUCUGUUAAUGCCAGGCUGGACCCUUACCUGGUUCAGUCAUAACUUAUGGAGGAUACUGAAGGAACCUGAGGGAACAUAUGAAGGAAUUAUGGGCUGAAACUAUGAAAUUACUUUUUUAGGGAGCCAUUCAAUGGGCAGCCUUGGCCACUUUUGAGUGUCCAUGGACAGUACCCACUACCCAGUGGUACUGGACUGGUAUGACAAUUUGUGCUUUCUACCUUUUUGAGAGAUUGAAUAUCUUCUCUCUUUCAAAGGGCAAGGGGAAUUUGUUUGAUGAAGAAAUAUCCAUUCCUAUUUGGGGCGGUCACUGGAGUUACAUGUGUGCCUGAAUGUUUGUUUAUGCAACAAUGUGUGGAUGUGUUUGUAAGCAUGAAAGUGUGCAAGGAGUGGCAGUAGCUCCUAUUGUAUCUUUGGUAAAUAUCCUUCAUAAACAUGUUUUUUUCUGAUGCCCCAUUGUGAAGACAAGUACAGCCACAUUACUACAUUUUGUCAUUCCCCUGCUGACAACUGCUGUUUGUGUUGACAAGAAUAGGAAAAGCAGAACACUUGAUUUGAACACGCCAGUGGAAUUUCAUCUGAAAGUGAAGAAGUUUCUGUCUUGCUACAUAGCUGAGAGCUCCUGGGUGCUCUCUUAUUCUGUUUGACCGGCCCUCGUUUGAUCUGGACAAAAAAGGCGUGAGUGAGCCCCCUAGAGGUUCUCUGUGGGAAUGACGUCACUUCAGAAUACUUUUUCUCUCUUUGGGCUACUCCUGAGGAGUUGCGAGAUACAGUAGGUGCAUUCAAAGGGACUGCUGUGCUGACCCAAAGUGUUGCAUGAAACAUCUCUGUUGUGAUUGACUGACACAAUGCUGCUUUACACAGAUCUUUCGUUCUAGGCAGAAGUAGAGAACCUGUGGUUUUGGGGGAAAACACCCUUAAAAGUGCAUUGGUUUAAACUUAUAUGAAUUGUUUUAUUAGUCCACUGUUGUCAUGUCAAGGCUGUGCACCAUUUCUAUAAUCUCUGUUUAGCUUUUGCCCUCAUGGACUAAAUACUGUACAGUGCAUACCAUAAAGGAAAUCAUACAUUUCCACUUGUAAGAUGAAGAAAGACCCUGGUAUGCCAAGAAGUGUUACCGUUUCAGCUGGUUAAAAGGAAGGAUAAGAUGCUGGAUAAACAGAGUGAUGCUGAUGGAUCUGCAUGCUCUUCCUCAGACAACAGUGCCAAAAAACAGUAGCUCGCCACUCAAGUAUUUCAUGCUCUUACUUAUAGUUCAGUUUGCCUGUACUCUUACAAAUCAAUCAUAGACAUAUGUGUUACUAUCUGGAUCGUAACGCCUAAAUCACACAGAGGGAAGCAAGUAAAUAAAUGAGGCUAUUUAGUCACUAUAUAAACGUUCUUCUCUGUGGCCAGUAGAGGUCCCCACAAGGCUUUCACUUCCAGUUAAGUUAGAUCAUACAGCUGCACCAAAGAUCAAGAGGCCUCAUGUUUCAGUGCUCACAAUCAAGCAAAAGCUGCUCAAUGAUCUGUCCAGAACCCAGUAAUAAACUACAUCAAAUGAACUGAAAGGUGAGAUAUGAGUGGAACCAUCUCACUAAAUACAUCUGAAGUUAAUGUAAACUGUCUGUUUCAUGGGAAUGACUGAUCAGGCAGUUUUUCUUUAUUACAAAGCAAAGCCAUUACGGAGAACCAGAAAGACACCAACACCAGGAGAGGGUUUGCGAAUGCCAUCAUGUUUGACUGACUGUUGUAUCAUAUCAAAUAAAAAGUCUUUA